UCAAAAGUCAGGUUCGUCCGUCCCGUCAAAUAACCAUGUUAACUGUAAAAGAAACAAAGGCGUCAGAACGUUGCGAUCUGCGCUGCUUACGCUACCUAUGCCUCCGAUAUUGUCAGGAUCGAAGGAUUGGAGCAGUGAAGUUGAUUUCGAUUCAUCCAGCAAUACGUUUAGGGAGAAAUUUUGUUCGUCUGAUCCUUCAAAUAACAAUAAUUACUGUAACAAUCUACCUAUGCCACCAAUUUUGACUGGAACGAAUUAUCGAAACAGUGAUGAAGAUUUCGACUUAUUGAUCGAUCUUCCAGAUCAAAAGUCAGGUUCAUCGGUCCCUUCAAAUAACCAUGUUAAUUGCAAAAGAAAAAAAGCUGCGCUGCUUAAGCUACCUAUGCCUCCGAUAUUGUCAGGAUCGAAGGAUUGGAGUAGUGAAGAUGAUUUCGAAUCAUCCAGCAAUACUUUUAGGGAGAAGUUUUCUUCGUCUGAUCCUUCAAAUAACAAUAAUAACGGUAACAGAGUCAAACGGUACCGGACCAGGGCCACAUUUCAACAACAUUUGCGAGUCUCAAGCACGCUACCGGCUCGGAAACUGAUUCCAGCUCGACAUCAUACGCGCAGUAUCACCUGCCCGAUAUCUGCAUCAGGUGCCACGACAUGGGGGGUACGAUUCAUUGAGAGUUUUCAAUUGUUGGAAAAGAUUGGUGAAGGAUCAUACGGUCAGGUGUACAAAGCUAAAGACCAGCAAACCAACGAGCUUGUCGCACUAAAAAAAGUGCACACGGAGCAUGAAAAAGAAGGAUUUCCGAUAGCAGCAGUGCGAGAGAUAAAAAUUUUACGUCAGCUCAGCCACAAGAACAUAGUCAACCUGCGGGAAAUAGUCACCGACAAGCAGGAUCCUCUGGAGUUCCGCAAAGACAAGGGCUCGUUCUACCUGGCAUUUGAGUACAUGGAUCACGAUCUGAUGGGUUUGCUCAGCUCCGGUAUGGUGGAUUUCAACGAACAAAACCACGCCAGCAUCAUGCGCCAGCUGCUGGACGGAUUGAACUAUUGCCACAAGAAGAAUUUCUUACACCGCGACAUUAAGUGUUCCAACAUUCUUAUGAACAACAGGGGUGAGGUAAAGCUUGCCGAUUUUGGUCUAGCGCGAUUGUACAACGCCGAUAACCGAGAACGACCAUACACGAACAAAGUCAGCACACUGUGGUAUCGACCCCCGGAAUUGCUGCUAGGCGAGGAACGCUAUGGUCCAGCGAUCGAUGUUUGGAGCUGUGGGUGCAUUCUCGGCGAACUCUUCCUGAAGAAACCGCUUUUCCAGGCGAACCAGGAACCGGACCAGCUGGAGCUGAUUUCUCGACUCUGCGGUACACCAACGCCGGCGGUUUGGCCCAACGUGAUUAAGCUGCCACUGUUUAACACACUCAAGUCAAAAAAAAUAUAUCGCCGAAAGUUGCGAGAAGGCUUCAUAUUCAUGCCCACUCCUGCUCUCGACUUGCUCGACAGUAUGUUGGUGCUGGAUCCCGACCGCCGAAUCACCGUAGAGAAUGCGCUCCACUCGAGCUGGCUAAAAAAUAUCAAACCAGAAGAAUUACCGUUACCGCAGCUACCAAGAGGGCAGGAUUGCCAUGAACUUUGGAGUAUAAAACGAUGGAGACAACUUCGUGAGCAGCAGGAAUCGGCAAAAAAACAAACUCUCUUCUAGUAGCACCAUCAAUAAAUUGCUAGGCAUUGUAGGCGCUGCCAGCUUGAAUAUGAUUCAGUACUCGCUAGUAUCUCACCGGUUAGACAGUAUAAAUAAUUGAAAGGUAAACGUGAUGCUCAGAAGACAGAAAGCCAUGAUCUAUACCAUGGGCUGAUUGAGACGCGUUGUAACAUGGAUAGGUUUUACAGAGCAAGGAAGCAAGUGUUUUGUAUUACUGUUGUAUUACACACGAGAUGUGUUUUAUGCUUUAAGGCAAAACAGCUAAAUAAAAAAGGAAAACAAUACCGCCAUCUUAUUAGGGUAGUGGUGUUAAACACCAUCGUUACGAGUAAUUUGCCGAUUAAUUAUCAUUGAUCAACCAAUUAAAAUAUGAGUGAGGCAUGCAUAUAAAACGAGACGAUGAAAUGUAGUAUUUUGUUAAUCCUAUGCGCUGUUGGUUUGUAGACGAUUUAGCUCUUAGAGAUAUUUUUUCCCAUGAAAUAGUGUUCUAGUUCUGUUAGACAGAAGCUUUUUUGUAUUUGAAAGAUGAGUGACGCCGAAUAAUUAUAAUAACAUAACCAAACGUCACACACCGGUGUUUUAUUUUAAAUUAAAUACUUACGUACCUAUAUGUAAAAUUCAGGAUCAAUGAGGCUAAAUAGUAAUUGACCAAUUGUCACAUACUGUUUGUUGUUGUCAAUUGUUGCGUGUAGAAUUCAGGGUUUUCAUUUAGUUGUUCGUAAAUAUUAGGAUCUAUGAGCUAAAAUAAUACGCAAAAACUAUUUUUGGAAACAAUUUUGCUCAUUUUCAGCAACGUAAAACGUUCGGUUUGAUUGUCUAU